GAUGCUGGAAUUUGCACAUUGAAAUGUCAAAAAGGCACUGCACCCAGCAGCAGCAUCAUCAUGCUCAAGCUAAUCAAGGUCCAAUGCACUAGGAGAUUCACUUGCUUCACAGCACUACAUCAUGGGCUCCAGAUUGAGAGAGAACGUGAAACAGAUAUUUGAGUGCUUCUGUGAAGUAGCUCAACCUAAUGGAGAAAAACAAGCUUGGAUACUCCAAAGGUACCCUGAAUCGUAUAAUGAUACAGAGGUACUCAAAUCUGUUCCUAAAUUUGCAUACCCUUGUGAAAUUGAAAAUACCGCAAUUCAACAUUUUUCAUUUGUACUCACAAGCAUAGAUUCAAAAUGGACAUUUGGAUUUUGUCGGCAUGAUCCAAAGACCCAAACAGCUUUAGUUGUUUUAAGUGCUUUACCAUGGCAUGAAACAUUUUAUAAAUUAUUGAAUCAUAUAGCAACUUUAGUUUCUAGUAAUAAUGCAGGAGAUUUAUGGAAAUUUCUUGGGGAUGUUUAUGAAACUACUAUUCCAGUUUCUGGAGGUUCUGUUAGUGUUCCAUUGCCGGAUGACAAGACUACUUUCGUUUGUCAAAGGCCAAAACAAUUUCAAUUGCCAAGUAUACCAGAGAACAGAAACCUGACCGAAUAUUUUAGCGCAAUCGAUUCCCACAACAUGAUGAUAGUUUUUGCUUCCAUGCUGUAUGAAAGACGCAUUAUAUUCACGUCAAAAAGACUAUCUAGAUUAAGUGCAUGUGUGCAAGCUUGCAAUGCCUUAAUCUACCCAAUGAUCUGGCAGCAUAUAUAUAUACCAGUCUUACCUCGUUCGUUAACUGAUUAUUUAUUAGCACCCAUGCCGUUUCUCAUUGGAGUACCAGCUUCAACUCUUAAGCGCGUACGACACAGUGACUUGGGAGAACUUGUUAUUCUUAAUGCUGAUGAUAAUACGAUCGAGUCGCCGUUCCAAGAUUUGGAAUCAUUACCUCAAGACGUAGUAACGAAUUUGAGGAGAGCGUUGCGUAAUCGACCUGCUCUUCUUGGCGAUGGAGUAUCACGGGCUUUUUUGAGAGCAUUAGUUCAAUUAACAGCCGGUUAUCGGGAGGCACUAACCUUACAACAAGGCCAGAACGAUGACCAUGUUAGGAUAACGUUCGACCAAGAGGCUUUUGUCGAAAGUCGACCUAUUUCCAUGCAGCCGUUUCUUCGAAAAAUGUUGGAGUUGCAAAUUUUUCAACAGUUUAUUGAAGAAAGGUUACAUAUGCUAAACUCAGGACUUGGUUUUUCGGACGAAUUCGAGAUGGAAGCUUGUAAUUAUUCAGAUAAAUCCAGUAGUAAAUUUAUGCAACAAUACAGAGAGUGGACUUAUGCUAUGCGCAAAGAAGGAUCUGCUUUUAUUCGUAGUGUAAAAGAUAAAGCAAAUCCUGCUGUAAAAUAUGCUGUAAAAUCGGUUAAAGGUAAAGGAAAAGACAUGAAGACUGUUUACAAAGGCCUUAAGUUGAAAGGACGAAUGCAUAGAGGAGAUAACAGCAUGCGUUACAAUCAACCUAGAUCAGCGCCGAGUUCGCCGACUCUCGACCGAAGGCCAAUAUCUUUCGCUUCUCCGUCUAAAUCUCCCAGUGGCCUUACACCCACAACUAGCUAUCGCAAAGAAAUUAGGCUUCGAAAUAGUAACGUUGAAACUAGAAAAUUCUUCUUGCUCCAUAGUAGAAAGCAGUACUCACCGUUGUCGCCAGGUUCGCCAGAGGAUCCAGAUUCACCACCAGAGCGUCUGAAUAUCGACUUGAUGCACGAGCUUCGCGACGUCAUCUUUCCAAAUAUGCCUCCCGUGGACCGGAGCCUGAAGCCAGUGCGCAGUUUAGACAGCUUGAGACCGUCUUCCUUGAGGAGCAACGGCCGCUUGAGACAAGGACCGACACUUUCAGCAAACAACUCCGAUCCGUACGAGCACUAUUCCCUACCGAAGCAUCAACACAAACAAGUAACCAAAGAUUCACCUCCCGAUGCACCACCGCCCGCGAUGAAACCCUCCAAAGAGAAGGCGCCGCUUAUCGGGCCCAAACCUAGCAGCAACGAGCCUAAGAUUAACGAAUUUGUCAAUCCGACCAAUAAUCUGCUGUCGGUCGAUCGACAUCUCAAUAAACUUCGCACCGAAGAUCCAUUCGAACUGUAUACUAAUCCUAGCACACUCAAUGAUACUUAUAAUAAUGAGAGUGCCAAUGAUCCUUUCGAUACUAGCCAAGUACUCAAUCCCUUUGCUAUUCCAAAUCCUUUGUUUCGCAACAAUCGCAACCAUAAGUCGCCCGCUGAAUCACCACCUUCGCCAUUAAAAUCUAGCAAAUCACGCUCUGCUCCUGCUAAGGGACCAUCCGACGUGCAUGACUUAAUCAGGCUGGAUUCAACAAAUAGCGACGAAGAUUUCGAUCCGCUGCUAUCAAAAAAAGCAUCUUUGAAUAGUUCUAUCCCCAAGCAAAUGAGUCAGUCGUUACAUCUACCCGAGAUGAGCGAAGGAUUGAGCAACCCGUUAUAUCCUUAUUUUACGCCUAUACAGCGAAACUCCGAACCAGCACCUUCCAGUCAAUCGAAAAUCGGCGACUUGGACCUACUCCAAGAAUACGGCCUAGACUUCAAUAAGUUUAGCUUAUCGAAUGGUAACGCUUCGGCCUCAUCGACAUCGUCGUCGCAGCCAUCGUUAGAGCCAACUUACGGUAACAGUAAACAGCCCUUUGGUACAGCUUUUAGCGUUCAGCAGACCGUCAAAUCGCCAAGCAACUGGACCAAGUUCGACUGAACGAGCCAAGUAUAGGUGGGCAACGCGAUAGUUGAGAUUAUUUAAAAAUUUCAAUUGAGAGUCUUAGAUUGCGAAAGUUUCUUCUUUUAUUUAGUUUCAAAUAUAAAAUAACGAGAGUUGCUUAUAAUUUUACAUUGCAUACGAUAAUCUUGUUGGAGUAAAAUGUAUUUGUUGUUGAGUAGUUGACUUGCGAUCAUUUUCAUUUAAUCAUUGUUGAUUUUAUAAGUCACAUUCGAUUCUAUUUAAAAGUUGUGUAUUGUUACUUUAAGAUGGACUAUGUGAGUUGUAACUCGCAACAAGCAUUUGUUGAAAAAUUACUGAAAUUCUUUCGAUAUAAUUUUCAACGGUUUUUUAUUAAUGAUAUUUAAUUCAAAUAAUUAUGUGUGUAUAAGUAUUUAAUAGUAGAAUAUUGGUUUGAUUUUAUAGAUUUGAGCUACAUAAAAUUUAAGCUACAAUGAUAGUUUUAAACGAGAAUCAAACAUUUUAUAUAAACUUCUAAUCAGAUGUUCGAAUAGUGAGAGAAUCUACUUCUUUUACGCGCUGGACUUAAGUUUAGUAAUAAUUUCGGAUACAGGGUUAUUUAAGAUAUUAGAGCAACUCUCGUUAUUUGAUAGGAAAAUAAUUAGUAAAUGCUCCAUACCUCCCCUAAAAAAAAUCGAAAAACACAAUCAACAAAGAAAUAUUUUCCAUUAAAUAAUAAUGAUUAUUUAUUUGUAAAUUAGAAAUUUAGUGUCUAAUGUUUUUUAGUUAUUAUUUGAUUUCGCAAUUCUUAGCAAUUAUUUUUAUCUAUUUUUAAGGCCCACAUUAAUAUAUUACACAUAAAAAUAACCAAAAUAAAGAAGCAGUUAGAUCUACACUAUUUAUUCAGGAAAUCAACGUAGAUAUAUCAAAUACUCUAACGACUGAUAAGCAGUCGAAAGAUAGGUCUUAUGAAAUGAUAAGAAAUAAUCAAUUCUUCAAUUAAAAUUAUAAAUCAGAGAGUCUUGUACACACUUCUAAGUCAAAUUAAAAGAUUAUUUGAAAAGGGAGGGUUCAGCUAAUUGCUAUAUGGAAGAAAAUGAGAUAGAUAUCUUUUGGAUGAAUUUGUAAAACUAUGUACGUCAAAGAAAUUCUUUUUUCGAUAGUAGGCAAAGUAUAGUUAAUAAUUCUAAUAAUAACCUUUAUAAAGUUAUUGAGAAACCAUAGGAAAAAAAUAUUUUCUUCGUUGAUAUUUUUUUAAUUGUUUUAUUAACAGACUUGAGUAGCUAUUUUCUAUAAUGAUUAGUUUGACUAAUUGAUCAUCCGUAAAUUCGUAUAAUGUAGAGUGAGUUUAUUGAUGAACGUGUUUAUUUAUUUACGUUGAAUCAUGUUAAAACUUAGUGUGAAUACUGGUGAUAAUAAAAACAUAUCUCAUAUAGCGAAUGAAAAAAUAUCAUUUGAAAGUAAGCUUCUCACGUCUGCUCGAAAUAUUCUGCGAUACUGCUUCAAAAUUUGUUGUGAUAUGCAAAGUCGUAGUCUGUCCAUGUAUCAGUGCAAAUGAUAUUAUGCAAAGCGAUUUAUUUGUGACACGCUCAAGUCUAUCAUUUUAGCUUUUGCUUAUUAUAUCUUGUUCAAGGUACAACGAAAAAUCAGUUCAAUAAAAGACUAGAUAUUUGCAUCGCUGAGUUUGGUAUGACUAUAAAGCUGUUAAAUUUAUCUAUCAAACAAUUUGUUUUUUCGAAAUAUAUGGAAUUUUAAUUUAUCGUUAUCGUAAUAUUUAAACGAAUUAUAAUAGUUAUUUUGACGUAAAUUUCACGAUGUGUUUCUUGAUUUAUUAUCGGCCUUAUUUUUAACAAUCAUAAUCGAAUAAGUUUUGAUCUAUAUUCGAACAUAGCGAGUAAAAAAUGUACCGUGAAUAUAUGAAAUUAGCCAAUUGGAACCUAAACAGCACAAGUUCCUGCACAAAUGUAGAAUUAAAACAAAAAUUAAACGUGAUUAUAACGUUUAAAUUCGAGAAUUACUAUUAGUUUCAAUCAUCAUAAUUAUUUGUGCGAAAUUUUAUUGGAGACAUAAUAAUAUAGCUCAUUGGUCUUGAGGAAAAAAAGAGAAUAAUUCAAUUCAAUUACAAAUUCAAUGUGGCAAUUGUGUUCUUCCUUUUUGUAAAUAAGUAUCGAUUAACUGAUAGUCCGAGAAUGAAAGAUUGAUCAUUCCGAAAGUAACAACUAGACUCUGUAUAUUAUAUUUGUAUAUGUAUAUCGUAAUGCACUUUUUUCAAAAAAGCAUUAGUUUUUAUAUUUCACACAUAGCGUCGCGCUAGUUCGCGACCGUCGACAAUAUUUACUUGAAUUGAACUUUAUAUUAUAUUAAUUAUCGUUACCAGUUAUUAUUCAUCAUCUUACCGAAAAAAAAUUUAUAGAACAAUUAUUUUGCAUAUGGAGAAUUAGGACGUAUAGAAAUACUCAAUUAUUUACAAAUUAAAUGCGCUCAAACUCCAUUUUUGCAUUACGUAUAUUUACUUUCCUCAUUUUUUCGUUGAACAUGAGUUUUUAGGGAACGUGUAAUAUAUUUGUUAUGAUAUAUCUUUCCAUAGAUAUAUAUUAUAUACCUACAUUGGCACAAAUAAAUUUUUAAUAAAAAAUUUUACAUUGUUAUUUUACUUUCUACUUCUAUCAGUUUUAAUUUCAAUCGAUCAAAUAAAGAUGAAGGUGAAAUAAUA